GUGGCUGUAAAGAAAGUGAGUCUAGGAAAACAGCCCGAAAAGGAACUAAUUCUCAAUGAGCUCCUAGUUGUAAUGAACAAUAAACAUCCCAAUAUUGUUAACUAUUUAGAYAGUUACCUUGUUGGGGAUAAACUAUGGAUAAUUAUGGAAUACAUGGAUGGAGGACCUUUGAGCAGGGUCAUUAAAGAAGUCCGUUUGGCUGAAGGAGAAAUGGCAGCCAUCUGCCGAGAGUGUCUGCAAGCACUAAAUUCCCUUCACUCCAACUUCGUGAUUCAUAGAGAUAUAAAAAGUGAAAACAUUCUACUCGGAAUGGAUGGAUCUGUCAAACUGGCUGAUUUUGGCCUCUGUGCUCAGAUGAGCUCCGAGCARAGCAAGCAGAGCACAAUGGUUGGGACAGCUCACUGGAUGGCACCAGAAUAUGUAAACAAGGAUGAAUAUGGAACCAAAGUAGAUAUUUGGUCCCUUGGYAUUGUAGUGAUAGAAAUGCUGCAAGGACAACCUCCUUAUUCAGCGGAGAUUCCUCUCAAGGCCCUGGAUCUCAUAGCUAAGAGAGGGAUACCAAARCUGGAGAACAUCGAGCAACUGUCCACUAUGUUCCAGGACUUUCUGGGCUGCUGCUUGCAGAUGGAUGAGGACAUUCGAUGGUCUGCUGAGCAACUUCUGCAGCAUCCAUUUUUACUMUCAGCCAAGCCUCUCUCCAGCCUCACGUCUCUGAUCAUUGAAGCAAGACAGCUGAGGGAGGAAAGGAGAUGUGACAAUGAUGGAACUGCUUUGUCCAGUGUCAGUGAUGGAGGAGGGCUCAGCGUGCCUCUGCUGCCAGCCCGGUCCACCCUGGGAUCCCGGACGGAAUGGAGCCGUGAGGCCCCUCCCUCGGCGGGACCGCCCGAGGAGCAGCAGGAGACGCAGAGGGGAUGUUCGAGGAAAAGCCUCCGAAGCCACAAACUGAGCCAGCAGAAACUGCGACACUGUAACUCUGCUCCAGGUAGCAAGCGAGGGCUCCCACAGCGAGAAGCAGAGAGAGAGAGGGAGGAAAACGCAGCUCGAGCAGCCAGACCGCGUGGCAGCGCUGGCAGUUAA